CUUGACUAAAAGAGCUCAAUUCCAAAUUUUAAUAUCUUGGGCUAGCUAGAUCAAUGAAGCACAAUUGUACUUUAUUCUAAUUUAUUAUGAAUCAAAUAAUUUCAAACUUCAAACAAAGAAAAAUAAAAACCCAAAAACAUUGACUGGGCUUAGCAUUAGUGUAUAGAGUCUAAAUAAAUCCACUUGUAUGACGAACUGGUCCAUGCAAACCUAUGUUAAAAUCAUGUUUUAAAAUCUAGCUCUUAUUGGACUCAACAAAAACGAGUCGGGUCAACCCGAGAAUCCCGAAUACCCACCCGAAAACAAAUUCCUAUAAAUAUGCCGAGACAGGCUAAUUAAGAAUCUGACAAUGUCUACCCAAAUCGUGCAACAUUAAUCUAAGAAAGAAGACGUACCAAUAUAAUUAUAUGAUUAUGCAGCUUAAUGUUAUUGAGUAAAUUCCAAUCUUACAGGCAACCACUCCACUUUCAUUAAUUUAAUCUGUUACCAUAUAUCAUCAAUCGUCCUUAAUUACCGGCCCUAGAUUCAACUCUCCAGAUCAUUCUGUUAUACCUUAAUAUAUAUUACUACUGCUACAUACUAUUACAUGAAAAUAUUUCUUACAAAUUUCAUAUAUUAUUUUCUCUCAAAACUUAAAAUGGGUGGAUGUGCUUCGUCUCAAAGGGACUACGGAAGGAAGUCUGGUAAGAGACCGGCUGCAAAGGUGAUCAAAGUAAUUCAUUUAGAUGGUCGAGUGAAGGAGUUCGAGCCGCCUAUAUGUGCUGAACAGAUACUGUCUUGUAACCCUGGUUGCUUCUUAUGCAGCUCCGAUACGAUGUCUAUUGAUUCGUACCCUACGAAUGUGCCUGAACCUGAAGAGCUUCGGCCUGGUUUGUAUUUUCUGUUGUCUAAGGCUCAAGAAAAUAAGCCGUUUUCGCUUGAGGAUUUGUGUGAGCUUGCUGUUAAGGCUAGUUCUAAUCUUUCUAUUCAUGAUCUUCAGCUGUCUUUUAGGCAUUAUGCUGUUGUUUGAUUACUUUUUUUUUUGUUCUUUUAUUUUUGUAGUAGUUCUAGUUGAUUGGACUAUUUAAUUCAGAUUAAUUAGGAUGAUGUAUAUUGUAUAGUUACGUUAUUUUACAUAUUUCUUCGUAUAUUUUCUAUUGUUGGGUCGUUCAUCAUAAACAAUCUUACUACUCGCCUACUCGUAAUUAUUAGUCCUUGAUUUGCCACUACUACACAAAAUAUGACUAUGUUGAGUUAAAUCCAAUAUUGGCUAGCUGUAAACCUCUUUAAAUCUGUGCAAAUCGGAUCAGUUAAGAAGAUUUAUUUCUUAUUAA